AUGCCACCAUCGGUCAACGGGUCGUCGACAUCAUCAGCGCGAGUCCGCUACACGGGAUUCGCCGUCCAGCUGCUGGACAUGGUGGCCUCGGCGCUUGGGCUCGAGUACGAGAUACGCGCGUCGGCAGACGGCUCCGACUACGGCACGCUGUCGGCGCGCGAGGGCCGAUGGAGUGGACUGGUGCGGGAGGUCUUCGAAAGGCGCCCUCCGUACGUGAUAGCUCACGGCAUCGACGGAAGGAGGAUGCCACCAUCGGUCAACGGGUCGUCGACAUCAUCAGCGCGAGUCCGCUACACGGGAUUCGCCGUCCAGCUGCUGGACAUGGUGGCCUCGGCGCUUGGGCUCGAGUACGAGAUACGCGCGUCGGCAGACGGCUCCGACUACGGCACGCUGUCGGCGCGCGAGGGCCGAUGGAGUGGACUGGUGCGGGAGGUCUUCGAAAGGGCUAUCGGAGACAUCACUAUUACUCGAGAACGCCUAGACUACAUCGAUUUCACCACGCCCUUUCUGCAGAACGAUCUCGGUGUUCUGUACCGCAACAUUGACCGUGAAUUCCACGAUCGGCCUGCGUUCCUUCGGCCCUGGACUGGCGAGCUUUGGCUCUGCGCAGCUACGGCAGCGCUGGCCUCAUCGCUGGCGUUGGCGUUCGCGUCGAGGCUCAGCGCGGCCGAGUGGGUGCCCGCCAGCUCUUCGAGGUCGACCCUGCAAAAUCGAUUCACGCUCGUCGACAGCCUCUGGUUCAUCCUCGGCUCGCUGCUCCAGCAAGGCACUGAGGUGUUUCCCAGGGCGCUCGCAACACGGAUAAUGGCUGUCGUCUGGUGGCUCUUCGCACUGGUCCUGAUCUCAUCCUACACUGCCAGCCUUGCGUCACAGAUUAUCGCCCAGCACUUGCAGGCGCCUCUCAUACAGAGCAUAGGGGACCUCGCCAAGCAGUCCAAGAUCAACUACGGCUGCGUCUCUAAAAGCGUGGCGAGAGGACUCCUAAAGGAGUCUACUGACCCACACUUGCAGAGGCUCUGGUCAACGAUGGAAAUGUCUGGGCCGCACGCUUUCUUCGACUCCGUGUCUACCGCUGUAGUCAAGGUACGCGAAGAGGGCCUCGCGGUGCUCAUGGACUCCCAGACCAUCGAGUACUUAGUGGCUCACGACUGCAGCCUCGCGCAACUGCCGGGUCGCCUUGAGACCGGGGGAUUCGGCUUCGCCAUGCCUCAAGGUUCCCCGCUGAGGCACCUGUUCACCAACAAGAUCCUGCAGCUUCAGGAGAACGGCACCUUGCGCGCCUUGCGUCAGCGGUGGUGGUCAUCGAUGACCGACACCGACCAAACCGCUGACCAGCGCUGCAACCCCACCGUCGACGGCAGUGGUUCAGUAGCGGGAAGUGCAAGCGGGAGCAGCAGCGGCAGCAAAGACCCCGUGGGCAUCCGUGGCCUCCUGCUAGUCCUGGGCAUCGGAUGCCUCGUCUCGUUGGUGGUGGUGGUCGCCGAGUGCCUCUGGAGGUUUAGGUGCUCAUCGAAAAGGAGGAACCAGGGCCCCCGAUGGAGGAAAGCACGGCGAAACAUUCCAGCGAGCCUGUCUUUACAAGAAUCAAACCUCAUCAUCUUGGAUCCGCCCAAGGAGUUUCAAGAUGAUCAAGAAAGCUGCCCUAUGACAUCGUACAAAUGUGAAACGCUCACGUAG